CACAGUGUCACUUUCAGCCCUGCAAGAAGUUGGACUCUCUCGGCAGCAUCAUAUUGUCAAAGGACCUGACAAGGUCACUGUGUUCGUGAGAUGGCAGUCUUUCUGCUGAUGCUUGCCCUCAGACUGCUUCUUGUAGAGCCUUCAGGAAGCAGAAUGAAGUUUUCACAGGAAGAGAUGCAACCUGCUGCAAAACAGACUCUCGAGGAAUCAACAGACUCAACCCUGUCAGACAAAAAUACCAGCCUCAGCAUACCCAAGCAUGUGGUGUCUGCCCCACCCCAAACAUCCAGAAGGCUAUCUUUUGUCAUUCCCAAGGGAAAUACUAUGAGAGAUGGCAGGAACUGUAUACACAGCCUGAGAAUCUGGAGAACCGGCGUAGACGUGAAUGAGUCGUGUCAGUUGGGCAAUAAUUUUAUACACGGCUCCACCGAUGUGAGCCAUGGAAUUCCCAAGGCCACCAGCGGAAAGUGUGAACAAACACCUAACCUAAGCAGCUGUGGGCCCCUAGGACUGGAGCGUACCAUGUGCAAGGUCCUUGCAGGCCACCAGUGCCCCAGAUACCACGAGCACAGCAUCACCUCGUUAAAGAGGGUCCUGACAGUGCUUGCCAGCCAUUCUCUGAUGAGCUGGUUGGUUAGUGGCUGUAAAUUGUAAUCACAGGCUUUGAGACUAGAGGAGGACGACUUCACAGUCAUGGCUGCUUCUCUCCUCCUGCUACACAGGUCUUUUCUUUAGUACACGGUGGACACUGUUUGUACUAACCGGAUGAGCGAAACAAAAUAGCCCAAUACAGCACAAGUUAACCAAAACUUGUAGCUGAUCCUAGAACACACACCCCCAUCUUCUCGCUCUCACUCUGUUCCCACAAACUGAAUUCCUUCCUGGUUUAGCUGUCGAGCUGUCCCAAAGCUGAGUCUGCCCAAGUGGACAGAGGUAAGGAGAGAAACUCCAGGUUAGACAGUGUGAAUGAGAGUGAGGCAUACAUUCAGUCCCGCUCCUCCAAGGAGUGUGAGCGUGUGUCUGCCCCUGAGCAUGCCUGCCUCCCCCCCAGCUGUGGGUUGCCUGUCCUCCGGGAGUUGUCUCAGCAUCAGCAGGUCCAACACUGUACAACCUGCAUUCUUCCUGCCUCAGGACCACUGCAGAGAGGACACAGAGCUCUGUCACACCUCCAGGCAAAGUCUUGCUACUCUAGAGCUGUGCCUGGCCGAGGGGCAAACUAGGGGAACGCAGAAGGUAGUGAUGUGUCAAGUUGAUGGCAAGUUUCAAGCAGGGUUAUCUUCGAUCUUGAUGCUUUCUCUGCCAAUCCUAAACCUGCAGAGUUAACUGUGCAUGAAGCACAGACAGUUACCAAGCUGUUAUUCAUUGUUGUGCAAUUGUAUGCGCCUGUUUGCCUUCUUAUGCCUUUCCUUCAUCCCAAGGCAACUCCUUCUUUUUAAAAACAUUUUUAUUUGAAAUAAAGUUGUGCAAAUGAAUGCUA